CACGGACUCAUUCCGCUGUUCGGCUCGGAUAAAAUAUUCUUGACUGCCGCCUGUCGCGGACGUUACGAAACGUGUCUGUCUCGCUGGCCCACUAACAUUUCCACGAACGUCUUUAGAUUCAUCAUGGGCCCUCCACGUGACUUCACAACUAUCUCAUUUGCAGGAAUAUUCCACGUUGGCAUCUAGGUGCCAAUCUCUCGCCGUUCAAUCACCAUACCAUUUGACCUUGCAGAACAUCCAACGGCCAUAAACCAAGUAAACGUACAUAGGAGAUGGUUCUUUACAUGUCCCUUUCCUUUUUUUGGCCGAGAUUCGUCGCCUAGCUUUCCUCUGCAUGUUCCCUCUUUCAUUGAUUUUUAAAAUCUGUCUCAAGUGACGAUUUAUAAAGCCUGAGAAAACGAGUAGCUUGUUCUUGUUUCUUUUCUAGAUUCAUUUCACUGUGUGUUUGGAAAGCUACUUUUCUGCUCCCGUUUUCUUGAUUAACUGAAUUUUGGUUUUGGAAUAAUGGAAAGAAACAGAUUUGGUGGAGGAGGAGGGGGUUACGGUUACGAGAACGGAGUGAUUAUGACGAGAGACCCGAAGCCGAGACUACGGUGGACCGCCGAUCUUCAUGAUCGUUUCGUCGAUGCCGUCACGAAACUUGGAGGCCCUGACAAGGCAACUCCCAAGACGGUGUUGAGACUUAUGGGCUUAAAGGGCUUGACAUUGUACCAUUUAAAGAGCCACUUACAGAAAUAUAGACUCGGACAACAGUCACAAAGACAAAUCCCUUCCGAACAUGCCAAAGAAAAUUGUGGGACUUCAUUUGUACAGUUCAGCAAUACGAAUUCACUAAGAGUUGAUAAUCAACAAAGAGAAAUCUCAGUGACAGAAGCUUUGAAAUGUCAGGCUGAAGUGCAACAGAGAUUACAAGAGAACCUGGAGGUGCAAAAGAGAUUACAGAUGAGAAUAGAGGCACAAGGGAAGUACCUGCAAACAAUAUUAGAUAAAGCUCAGAAGACCCUCUCUGUUCACCAUGUCAACAUGAACGUAGAGGCUACAAGGGGUCAGUUGAUGAGCUUCAAUUUGGCUUUCUCAAAUCUAAUGGAAAACUUCAAUGAAUCCGAGCGAAAAGGGAACAUAAUUGACAUUCAAGGAAGCUGCAAGAGAGAAGAUGAUGUUGAUAGUGAAGAAGAUGUUAAGCUUGAGUUGAAUUCUGCUAAUGGGAUUGAAUUGGAUAGAAAUUUGCUUUCGCAUAAGAGAUAAAAUUCACCUCAUUUGCUUUUAUGACAUCUCUCUACUAAAAUAUUUCAAUUUUGAAAUUAAUAAAUAUGUAACAAUUUUUUAUUUAAUUAAUGUGUGAUGAUGUGACGAUUGCUUCUCACCUUCAACAUUUUCUGAAGUAUACA